AUGGAUAAUCAACCGAGAACUCCAACGAAACCUAGUGGGAUCCCGCGCCCAGCCCCCAGAGCUUCCCGUUUGCCUUUGCCUUCGUCCACCGCAUCGAAAUCGCUCAAACCUUCGCCAUCGCGGGAAAGGUUGCAAGCAGACCCAGGUCUUGACGCUACCAAGCUGCGCAGACCGUCUGAGGAUAGUGUAUUCAAGAAGCCGGCCCUUCCCAGACCGUCAUCGUCUUUGAAAGGCACGUACCGGCGAUCCGGAGUACCCCAGACGGGGGUAAGCGACAUUGCAAGACAAGAAGCGGAGGAGCUGGAUGAUGAUACUUCGACUGUGUAUACCAAUGGAUCGGAGUUGGAUGAUGUAGACGCUCGUGGGCGUACCAUGUUGGAAAAGCCGUCGCUGUCGGACAGGACGAUCGAGACGCUGUCCAAGAUCCCGCCGUCGCCAGGUCCAUCACGACAGUCCAGUUUCUUCAACGCCACAAGCCCGAUUCGCUCUCCAUCUCGUCCGACCUCCUCCAUGACAAAUUAUUCGCGAUCCCCGUCGAGGUCAUCGUUCGCUCGUCAGCCGAUUGGCAGCGAUCUAUUGUCCUCCCAGCAACCGUCCACAAUGCGCCUUCCAUCCAGAUCCAGGAUAUCAGCAACCCCGACACUACCCACAAACAUCGCAUCAACUGACCAGGACUCCGUAGCGGCAGCUCCUGAAAGCCCCUCAAAAUUGAAGCGACCUUCUACGAGAACAAGUCUGUAUGGUGGAAUAAAGAGCACGGGAACCACCGCGCCCAAGCCACGCCAGUCUCUGAGCAGACCACCCUCCGUGAAACCAACAGAAUCAAACAUGGCACCCCCGUCACAGACGCUACAAGUGAAGAAGACACGGAAAGUGCCGUCGAACUCUUCGCUUAAACGGUCACCAUCUUCCGCGGACUCAAGGAAGUCGUCGGCCACAUCUACGGCUCCGGACCUAUCAGCGGAGCAACAGUCAGAAAUCGAAACAAGAAAGGGUUCAAAAUCGUCUAAUGCCCUGAGGGAAAGCAUUGCGAAAGCCAAGGCCGCCCGGAAAGCAGCGGCACAGAACACCACGCAGACAACAGCAGCCCCUGCAGACCCAUUCGAUAUCACCGAUCCUUUCAACCAGCAACCAAACGAUUCCAACCAUGGGCUUUUUCGGAAGCGCGUUGAGUCUGCUCGGACUUCUGGUAACCUGAAUAUUGCGGCCAUGUCCCUGACGGAGAUCCCGCAGGAGGUCAUGACCAUGUACGAGUUUAACCCAGACUCGUCCACCGACUGGUACGAAUGUGUGGAUUUGGUCAAAUUCAUUGCUGCGGAUAACGAAUUGACGGAGAUGCCGGACGCUGCAUUCCCUGACGUUAAUCCCGAAGACGUUGAUUACGAUUCUGACGAAAAGGGCAACCAAUUUGGUGGACUGGAGAUACUCGACCUUCAUGGCAAUCUGCUCCGGUCUCUUCCCAUGGGUUUUAGAAGGCUGCAACAUCUCCAUAGCUUGAAUCUGUCCAACAACCAGUUAACCACAGAUGAUUUACAUGUGGUCUGGGAAAUGGAGUGGCUGCGCGAUUUGAAGUUGGCUAAGAAUCAGUUGCAGGGCGCUUUCCCUUCUGCCAUUGGCAAACUCCGGGGUCUGGAAGCCUUGGACUUGCAUGAAAACUCUCUCGCAGAACUUCCUGAAGAGCUUGGGGAACUAAGCGCCCUGAGAUCGCUGGACGUCGGCCACAAUGUACUGGUCACAUUGCCCUUCGAGGCUCUGAGUCGACUUCCUCUGAAGGAUAUCCGUGCACCGAAAAACAAGCUGGCAGGGACCCUGAUUCCUGCAUCCGUACAGCAGUUUAGUGCGUUGCAGAACAUGGACGUAGUCAAUAAUGCGUUGGAGAAGCUUUCGGACAACGACAAGCUCGAGCUCCCUAACCUACAGACUCUGUCCUUGAGUGUAAACCGCAUCAAGAGCUUGCCGGAUGUCUCUACCUGGCAGGCACUGUUGUCAUUGCUUAUGGAGGAUAAUUCUUUGAGUGAGAUUCCACAAGGUUUCAUCGAACUCAAGAGUGUCCGUAACGUUGACUUCACGGGAAAUGAUAUCCUGCGAUUGGAUGAAAAGAUUGGACUGAUGGAUAACUUGGUGACAUUCCGUAUCGCCAACAAUCCGCUCCGCGAACGGAAGUUCCUGAAUAUGUCCACGGAUGAGAUCAAACAGGCCCUGCGGAACCGAUGCGAACCGGAAAUCCAAGCAGAUACAGACGAUGACGAGGGCUCUGUCGCUACUCAGUUUACUCUUGCUCCGGAAACUCGAGCUGAAACCCCAGCUGAGACUUCAGCUGCGAAUCCACCCAAAAGUCCAGCUAAAUCGACAACAGCAAGUGCUACUACGUCUACUACUUCCUGGCAAAUUAGACCGGGAGGGGUUCUUGAUAGAUCCUACACCGAAACGCGGGAGCUGGAGACAGAACAGCUCGAAGGAGUUGCCAAUUCUCAGGAUAUUCGAUGUCUCUAUCUGCAGCAUAAUGAGAUUUCGCAUUUCCCCGUGCCAGCACUCAGUAUGCUGGCGCACAGUUUGAUCGACCUUGAUCUGUCACACAACGCGCUGAACAGCUCUGCUCUUUUCUCGUCAUCUGUUUCUCUCCCGAACCUCCAGAACCUGACCCUUAACUCGACCGGCCUCUCAUCCAUGGAACCUAUCCUAACCAACCUGUCGGCCCCGCUCCUCACUUUCCUGGACGUCUCAAUCAACCGCCUUGCCGGAAACCUCCCCGCGGCUCGCCAGACAUACUCCAACCUAAAGACCUUCAUCGCCGCUGAUAACCAGUUCGACAGUCUGGAAUUCGAGGCUGUCCAAGGUCUACAGGUCCUAGAUGUCGGGAACAACAACAUCAACGCUCUUCCGCCGAAGAUCGGCUUGCUGAGAGCAGAGGGAUCCAGCAAGAACUGGGGAGGCGGAUCCGCUUUGAGGCGGUUUGAGGUCGCUGGUAAUACGUUCCGGGUUCCGAGAUGGCAGACUGUCGCGAAGGGCACAGAUGCGGUCCUGGAGUGGUUGAAGGAUCGGAUUUCGGCUAAGGAGCUUCGUGAGUUGGAGUCGGAUGAUGAGGGGGAUUUUGAGGAAUGA